AUGGCUCUCAUCCCAGGCAUCUUGCCACCCUCCCGCCCAACCUGGGAGCUCAUAACCAAAUCCUUCCAAUUCUUCCCCCUCUUCGCCGCCGCCCAAUGGAUCACCCCCUGGUACCCCGCCGGCAAAACCUCCACCACCUCCCCCCUCAACCUGCCCGGCAAAUGGGCCUGGACCAUCAUGGAAUCCCCCACCAUCCUCAUCAUGACAUACGUGAUGCUCACGCUCCCCGCCCAAGAAGGUCUCUCCUCCCUCCCAUGGGGCAACUGGACGAUGGCUGGUCUAUACGUGCUGCACUACAUCUACCGCGCCUGGCUGAGCCCGCUGCUCUUGAACCCGAGUAUGUCGCCUAUCCACUUCUUCGUCGCGGCCGGGGCGUUUGCGUUUAAUACGCUCAACGCCCUGAGCAUCGGCGGUUGGCUCGGCGGGUACGGACCACGCACCGUGCAGGACUGGGCGGGGCAUCUGUACGCCAUGGAGAUCGGCCUAGUACUCUGGGGCUGGUCGUUCAUGGCGAACAUCUUCCACGACGACGACCUGCGGGAAAUCCGGCGCUCCGCAGCACGUCGACAACGCGAACAAGCCGAAAAGGAAGGCAAACCCGUCGAGGGGGUGGAGAAGUUGUACAUGAUCCCGAAAAACGGCCUCUUCCGCUACAUCCUCUUCCCGCACUACCUCUGCGAGUGGUUCGAGUGGGCGGCGUACUGGAUGAUCGGCGGUUGGGGAUGUGUCCCCGCAAGGACUUUUCUGGUGAAUGAAGUGUCGACGAUGUUGCCGCGGGCGGUGCAGGGAAAGGGGUGGUAUGUGGAGAAAUUUGGGGAGGAGAGGGUUGGGGGGAGGAAGGCUGUUAUUCCGGGGUUGAUAUGA